AUGGGCAAAAUCGUCUACAGCUGGAUGAUCCGCAGGGACCCCAAGAUUCCAGGAACAGUGGUCCGAUCCAGCACCAUCCCAGAACAGCUCGGACGAAUCUCCUAUUUACUGACUGACAAAACAGGAACGCUGACUCAGAAUGAGAUGGUCUUCAAGCGACUUCACCUGGGUACAGUAGCAUAUGGGAUGGACACCAUGGAUGAAGUACAGAGCCAUAUAUUCAGUGUAUACACACAGGUAUGUACAAUGAAAUGUCCCUUCAGCCCCUCACAGGAUCCACCAGCCCAGAAAGGUGGGACCACCAAAGUGCGGAAGACGAUGAGCAGUCGCGUGUACGAGGCCGUAAAAGCCAUCGCGCUUUGUCAUAAUGUCACGCCAUCUUACGAAUCCAAUGGGGUGACAGACCAGGCCGAGGCUGAGCGCCAGUUUGAGGAUUCCUGUCGGGUAUACCAGGCAUCCAGCCCCGAUGAGGUGGCCCUGGUACAAUGGACAGAAAGUGUGGGCCUGACACUGGUGGGAAGAGACCAAUCCUCCACGCAGCUGAGGACACCAGGUGGCCAGAUCAUGAAUUUCACCAUCCUUCAGAUAUUCCCUUUCACCUAUGAAAGCAAGAGGAUGGGGAUCAUUGUCCGGGAAGACUCCACAGGGGAAAUCACAUUCUACAUGAAGGGGGCAGAUGUGGUGAUGGCAGGAAUUGUGCAGUACAAUGAUUGGCUGGAGGAGGAAUGCGGCAAUAUGGCUCGAGAAGGGCUCCGGGUCUUAGUUGUGGCCAAAAAGUCCCUGACGGAGGAGCAAUAUCAGGAUUUCGAGGCACGUUAUGUUCAGGCGAAACUUAGUGUUCAUGACCGCUCACUGAAAGUGGCCACCGUGAUAGAGAGCCUGGAAAUGGAAAUGGAGCUGCUGUGUCUGACUGGAGUAGAAGACCAACUGCAAGCUGAUGUCCGCCCUACUCUGGAGACGUUACGGAACGCCGGCAUGAAGGUCUGGAUGCUGACUGGGGACAAGUUAGAGACCGCAACCUGCACAGCGAAGAAUGCACAUUUGGUGACCAGAAACCAGGACAUACACAUAUUCCGAUCUGUCACAAACAGAGGAGAAGCCCACCUGGAGCUAAAUGCAUUUAGGAGAAAGCACGACUGCGCCUUGGUUAUAUCUGGGGACUCCUUAGAGGUGUGUCUGAAGUAUUAUGAAUACGAAUUUAUGGAAUUGGCCUGUCAAUGCCCUGCUGUCGUGUGUUGUCGCUGUGCUCCCACCCAGAAGGCUCAGAUCGUGCGGCUGCUGCAAGAAAGGACAGGGAAGCUGACCUGCGCCGUGGGUGAUGGAGGGAAUGAUGUGAGCAUGAUCCAGGAAGCUGACUGUGGGGUUGGUGUGGAAGGAAAGGAAGGGAAGCAAGCAUCCUUGGCUGCAGACUUCUCUGUCACUCAGUUUAAACACCUGGGCCGCCUCCUGAUGGUACAUGGAAGGAACAGUUACAAGAGAUCAGCAGGCCUUAGCCAAUUUGUCAUCCACCGGAGUCUCUGUAUAAGCACAAUGCAGGCCGUAUUCUCCUCUGUGUUUUACUUUGCCUCAGUUCCCCUCUACCAAGGAUUCCUCAUAAUUGGGUAUUCCACUAUCUACACCAUGUUUCCUGUCUUCUCUCUGGUUCUCGAUAAAGAUGUCAAGUCUGAGGUGGCUAUGUUGUAUCCUGAGCUGUACAAAGAUCUACUAAAGGGACGGCCAUUGUCGUAUAAGACUUUCCUCAUAUGGGUUCUGAUCAGCAUUUACCAAGGGAGUAUAAUCAUGUAUGGUGCUUUGCUGCUGUUCGAGUCGGAGUUUGUCCACAUCGUGGCCAUUUCCUUCACGUCCCUGAUCCUGACUGAACUACUAAUGGUAGCACUGACCAUUCAGACGUGGCACUGGUUGAUGAUCGUGGCAGAGCUCCUCAGUCUGUCCUGUUACAUCGCUUCCCUUGUGUUCUUACACGAGUUCAUAGGUUCUGAUUUAACCCUAUUUUUGUGUACUGCAGAUGUUUACUUCAUCACAACCCUGUCCUUUCUCUGGAAAGUGACUGCCAUCACGCUGGUCAGCUGUCUUCCUCUUUAUGUCCUAAAAUACCUGCGACGAAAAUUCUCUCCCCCCAGCUAUUCCAAGUUAACAACCUAG